CUCCAGCCUGGGUGACAGAGUGAGUAAAAAAGAAAAGAAAAGAAAACUUACGAAUUACUGCUGGACUUUUCCAUGUAUUAUUUUUGGUCUGUAGUGGACACGGGUAGAUGAAACUCGGAUACGUGGGAGCUACCGUGGGUGUAUCAGGCUCUCUGAUGUUGGAUGAACAGGGACAUGGGUUAGUCUUGCCCUCCUCUCUCUGAUUCAGGUACCAGCCAGACCAGAAUUUCAGCAAGAAUGAGAAGCCGAAGGAGGAAGUAGUUGAGAUGAAUUCUGUACCCAAAGCGAAAUCCCCAGAACGUGUUCCUGAAGCGUCCAGCACUCCGACGAGUCUGUGGAGCCCUGUCAGCACCAUCCCCACCCCGAGAUCUGGCCGCACCGUCUAUGGAUGUGCCUUUCUGCUUGUUGUCCUGCUGACCGUGCUCUGCCUGGUACUGGCCCAUUGGCCCAAACGCCUGUUCUCUGGAGAGCCGAUCUACGUCACAGCUGCUGUGCUACUGCUGGUGCUCAUUGUGGGAUUCACUUUCACCAUCUGGAGACAGCCCCAGAGCAACACUCCUCUCUACUUCAAGGUCCCCCUGUUGCCUGUCCUCCCAUUGGUCAGCAUCUCCGUGAAUGUUUAUCUGAUGAUGCAGAUGACCACUGAGACCUGGGCCCAAUUUGGAGUUUGGAUAUUGAUUGGAUUUGCUGUAUAUUUUGGAUAUGGGAUCCGACACAGCUUGGAGAACGAUCAACAGCCACCUGCGUCAAGCUCCCAGACUCCUCAUGAAAACAUCCCUAGUCCCUCGCUGAACUAGUUUAACCACAGAAAAGGGAUGGACCAGUCCACUGGAGGUGUCCUCUGUAUGAAGGGAGAGUGAAGCUCUGCAGAGUGUGAAGGUGGGAUGCAUUUAAAGCCCCAUGUGCAUUGCCAGUGAGCAAAUGCUUUUUUAAAAACUUUAUUUUGUUUUUUUUUUGUUUGUUUGUUAUAGAGAUGAAGACUUGCUCUGUUGCCCAGGCGGAACUUGAACUCCUGGGCUCAAGUGAUCCUCCUGCCUCAGUCUUCCGAGUAGCUGGGACUACAGGCACCUCAUUAUGCCCAGCUUAACAAAAUAACUUUAUUAUUAUUAUUAUUAUUUUUUCUUUUUGAGACAGUCUCGCUCUGUCGCCCAGGCUGGGGUGCAGUGGUGUGAUCUUGGCCCACUGCAAUCUCCGCCUCCUGGGUUCAAGUGAUUCUCCUGCGUCAGCCUCCAGAGCAGCUGGGAUUACAGGCACGUGCCACUGUGCCCGGCUAAUUGUUAUUAGUAGACACGGGGUUUCACCAUGUUGGCCAGACUGGUCUUGAACUCCUGAUCUCAAGUGAUCCACCUGCCUCAGCCUCCCAAAGUGCUGAGAUUACAGGCCUGAGCCACUGUGCCUAGCCAAAAUAACUUUAAAAACUUACAUUUUUAAAAAAAUUGACAAAUAAAAAUUGUGUAUGUUUAUGGU